AUAUUCAAACGCAGGCUAAGGUUUUUGAACGUCCACUUCCGCAGCGCGACCACAGGGAGUGACGGGUCCCGGUGUUCUCGCUCAGGAAUUCCAGCUGGAGGCGGAAACACGAUACUUCCAAGUUGCCGGCACUCCUCCACUCUUUGGGAAUAGGAAGUGCGGGGGAGGAGCCUGCUGCUCACCUAUCGCGGUGUUUUCUCCCCCCCCCCCCGCCCUCACUCCCGGGGGAGCUCUCGCGAGAGAAGGCAGAGGAAGAUGGCUGUGCCCUGUUUUUCGGGGUGAGGCGGUCGUGGCUACUGGAGCGGCGGGGGCCGGGAUCGUGGUGUCGUGGGUACCUUAGCACUAGCUCCCCCCAGCGAGCGCGCGUUUCUUCGUACCUAGCGCCUACUCCGUCGCCGGCGGUGAGCCCCCCGGACCCCCUUUCUGCCCCUGGCGGCGAUGACUGGAGAGAAGAUCCGCUCACUGCGGAGGGACCACAAGCCCAGCAAAGAAGAGGGGGACUUGCUGGAGACUGGGGAUGAGGAAGCGGCGGCUGCUCUCGGCGGCACCUUUACCGGAGGCAGGAUCGGCACGAGCGGCAGCGGCAAGGGCGGCAAAGCCUGUCAUAAGAUCUUCAGUAACCAUCAUCACCGGCUCCAACUGAAGACAGCUCCGUCCUCCUCCAAUCCACCCGGCGCGCCGGCCCUGCAGCUGCAUAAUUCCUCUGUAACUACCACCUCCCAGUCCCAGACUCUCCUAGCGGGCACCAACCCCAUUGCCGUCGCCGCAGAUGGAGGCAUUUGCCCCGCACACUACCCAGUGCACGAGUGCGUCUUCAAGGGGGAUGUAAGGAGACUGUCCUCUCUCAUCCGCACGCACAAUAUCGGGCAGAAAGAUAAUCACGGAAACACUCCUUUACAUCUUGCUGUGAUGUUAGGAAAUAAAGAAUGUGCUCAUUUACUUUUGGCUCACAAUGCUCCGGUCAAGGUGAAAAAUGCUCAGGGAUGGAGCCCGCUGGCAGAAGCCAUCAGCUAUGGAGAUAGACAGAUGAUUACAGCUCUUUUAAGGAAGCUUAAGCAGCAAUCCAGGGAAAGUGUUGAAGAAAAACGACCUCGAUUAUUAAAAGCUCUGAAAGAGCUAGGUGACUUUUAUCUAGAACUUCACUGGGAUUUUCAAAGCUGGGUGCCUUUACUUUCCCGAAUUCUGCCUUCUGAUGCUUGUAAAAUAUACAAACAAGGUAUCAAUAUCAGGCUUGACACUACUCUCAUAGACUUUACUGACAUGAAGUGCCAACGAGGGGAUUUAAGCUUCAUUUUUAAUGGGGAUGCAGCACCCUCUGAAUCUUUUGUAGUAUUAGACAAUGAACAAAAAGUUUAUCAGCGAAUACACCAUGAGGAAUCAGAGAUGGAAACAGAAGAAGAGGUUGACAUUUUAAUGAGUAGCGAUAUUUACUCUGCAACCCUAUCAACCAAGUCAAUUUCUUUCACACGUGCCCAAACAGGAUGGCUUUUUCGGGAGGAUAAAACAGAAAGAGUAGGAAACUUUCUGGCCGACUUUUAUCUGGUAAAUGGACUUGUUUUAGAAUCAAGAAAAAGAAGAGAACAUCUCAGUGAAGAAGAUAUUCUUCGAAAUAAGGCCAUUAUGGAGAGCUUGAGUAAAGGUGGAAACAUAAUGGAACAGAAUUUUGAGCCGGUUCGAAGACAGUCCCUUACCCCUCCUCCUCAGAACACCAUUACAUGGGAAGAAUAUAUAUCUGCUGAAAAUGGAAAAGCUCCUCAUCUUGGUAGAGAACUGGUAUGCAAAGAAAGUAAGAAAACAUUUAAAGCCACGAUAGCCAUGAGCCAGGAAUUUCCCCUGGGAAUUCAAUCAAUAUUGAAUGUUUUGGAAGUAAUAGCUCCCUUCAAGCACUUUAACAAGCUUAGAGAAUUUGUUCAGAUGAAGCUUCCUCCAGGCUUUCCUGUAAAACUAGAUAUACCUGUGUUUCCUACGAUCACAGCCACUGUGACUUUUCAGGAGUUUCGAUAUGACGAAUUUGAUGGCUCCAUCUUUACUAUACCUGAUGACUACAAGGAAGACCCGAGCCGUUUUCCUGAUCUUUAACUGACGUGGAAAAUGAUGCCACCUAACCAAGGAAGGCAAGAGAGUGCAGAGACCUCACAAGCGAAGCAGAGUGGAAGGGACACGUACUUUCAGUGAAGAAAAGGGAAUUACAGGAAUUGACACAUCAGUAAUACGAUAUGAAAUGGGCCUCUAAGAAGAAUCUCAGCUAGUUUCCUGAUGUGCCAUUUUCAGUCUUUUUAAAAAUAUACAUAUUAUAGUGUAAUAGUUUGACACCUUAAUGACCCUAAGUACUUCUUAUGUAAAACAGCUAUGAGUGCUGUGAUUUGUUUUUAAAAUUUUUACACUUCUUGUUGAAAUAUAUAUGCAUAUAAAUAUAUCUAUAGUUAUAUUUAAAACACUCCUGGACCAUUAACAUAAAUUAAAUGUCUUAAGAGAUAUGGAGUCCUUUUACACUUGUCAUCUUAUAUUCAAGGUGACAUUUAUAAAUAUUCCUUCAAACUUUGUUUUCAUAAAAUGUAAACUAUGUAACUUUAUGUAUAGUUCAGUAAUUUGAAUGUUUGUUCAAUAUAAUGAACUAGAAAGGAAUGCAAUUUUCUGUAGAUGAAUGAACCAAAUGGUACCCAUUAAACAAUUGCAUAUAUAUGUUGCAAUACAUUUCAGAAGGAGCGUUCACUCUGCAGGGAAUAAGGUACCUCCUUUAGCACCUUAGUGCAAUUCAUUGUGGUGCUAUUUGUUUUUACCUGAAUUCUUUCUUCAAUGGAAAAUGUUUGUUACUAAUCUUCCUUUCAUAGAACUUCUAUUUUUUUCUCUAAACUUGAGUUUUAAAGUCUUUUUUUGUGUUCAUAAUAGGGUAUGGUCAGCAUGCUUAAAGAUAGUCCUUUUCCAAAUCUCAGCACUUUAAAAGAAUUCCAAAAUUUUAAACUUGUUCCUAAUAAGUACAUAUCAUUCUGAUUGUUUUGUUUUUAGUGGAAUAAGGAUGCGUGUCAGUUUUAAGCAACAACCCACAUUUUGGACAUCCCUACAUAUUUAAUGCUUUCAAAGUUAGGUAAAAACAUUUUUAUAUGCUAACAGAAUUAUAUUUGUUAUAAGUUGAAUUCCAGAAAUGUACACAAGAUCGAUAAUUCCUACUGUUUAUUUUUUUAAAUCACAAAAUAUUUAUUGGUUUUAAUUUUCUUCAAAGUGUUAAAAUCAUGCAUUACUCAUUUUUGCACUUAAAAUUUUUUCAUGUUUGUUCCAAGAUGGUUUAGUGGUCCAAGAAUGAAAAUAAAUUAGGGAGAGUAAUGUAUAACAGUCAUAAUAUGUUAUGUUGUAUUAAAGAAGUUAGCCUAAGAGAUGAUUUUAAAAUGUAUCCUGAUUUUGUGUCAGAAUGCAUUUGUCAGGUUUUUUAGAGUGACCAGUAGUUUAAACUUUUUCCAGGAUUUUAAAUAAUUUGAAAGAAUUUAGAAACCUUUAUUGAAAAGAUUAUUUACAAAUCCAAAGCAUCAAUCAUAAGAUUUUUAUAAUAAACAUCUUUAAAGCUGCAUCUUACAUGCUGAUAACAUAUUACAUUGCAUAUUUUGACAUUGUAUUAAAUAUAUUUUAUAAUGAAGAAAAAUAAUCAUAGUUAAAAAUUCAAAGACCAAUUACUUACUACCUGAUGUGGGUCUGUUGAGUUUUGUGGAAAGAAUUGGUAAACCCAGACUAGGUUUAUUGAAUACAAGUUGAUCCCAAUUAUUUUGGGAAUGCUUAUAAAUCAAGUGACUUAGAGAUUGAAUUACCCUGUCAGUGAUUAUGUGAGGUUUGAGACACUGAUCGGCAGUCAUCACUGUCAUCACUGUCACUUUUAGGCUCUCUUACUUUGUGAGAAUGAUACACUUUCAGGAAUAAACUAUAGAUUUUUAAAAAUUAGUGCAGGCAACUUAGUGGGAGGAAAAAAACAUGGUAAAUUGCAACUUGGAAUUUGUCAAUGUCCUGAAAGCUGUGAAUAUUUUGCUGGGGUACACUGGAGAUAGGAAAACUACUGAAAACUUUUGCACUUCGAUUUUGUUUUUAACUCUUAUCUUUUUCUUUCAUAAAGAAUAGUAUAAAGAGAUGAUCCAUUCCAAAUGUCUUUUAUUUGAUCAUAAAGGACAAACAAAUGUCAGUAUCUCUUAUGAUGGUAAAAACAAGGAAGUUAUUAAUGCAAAUAAACUUUUCACAUUAGACUUUUCAAAAUGUGCCUUUUAAUCCAGUUAAUCAGUGAAGCUGUGUUUCAAGGAAGGAAAACACCAUAUAUUUUAAUAAUUCCACAUGAAGCGCUAAAUUUUGUGAUGUAGGUCCUUAAAAUUGUAUAUGCCUUCUGACUGAAGAAAGGUUUAAUCUUGGGGGACUAUGAAAUUGAUCACCUUAAAUGGCUAUUUUGAAAUGCUCGACAUUCCUGCCACCAGUAUCCAAAGGAGAUGUGAUUCUUGUCUUAAAUAAUUCCCUACAGACAAUCUGCUUCAGUCUGUAGAUACUCAUAGGGAAUUGUCAGAAUUCAUAAAAAGGAGGCAUAAAGUAGGUGCUCUGAUUAUUGUGAAUCCAGGAACAUAUGGUGGUCUGGAAAUGAACACAUUUUAGAGAAGAGCAGACAGAAGCUGAAAAACAAUUUGGUUUGUUUCUUCUUAGCACUGGUAUUGAGCCCCACUCAUACUAAUAGAAAUGGGUGUUUAUGUUGUUCGUGCAGUUUAUAACUCCCACCUUGAGAUCGGGGAGUGAGUAAUGAUCACUUAGCAACCCCUUCACCCUAGUUUUCACUAACUCGACAGCAGUGAUCCUAUCCUGUUUCAAGGGCACGGAAAAGGGCUGCAGUAAAUAUUUUCCGAUUGAAUUAAGGGUGCUUCCUUUUGCUCAUUUAUGUUACUGUUAUUUGCAGUCAGCAUGAUUGAGAAAGUUGCAGUUAGGAAAUCAGGUGAAUUUGAAGCCCUGCCUUUAAAAUUGAGAGAAGUAUUGCUUAGUAUGGAACACAGUAUACCUCUGCUGUUAACUUGAGCAAAAGGUAUCUUAACCAUGUUUUCUCAAAUGAACAAAAUGCAGCCUUACCAAAGUUGCUCUAUAUGGAAACUGGAAACUGAUGGUGAAACCUGCCCCAGUACACCACUUGUAAAGAUAGCAAAAUUAAUCUUGCUAAAAGUUGACCAUUUGCAUACUGUGAAUGAACAAACUACUUUUGCAAAGCCUUUUGUCAGAAAUCUGGGGCAAUAGUAAGAUCUUAGAUUGCCAUCUAAAAAUGUCAUCUGAAGCAUUAAAUUGCAUUUUCAGGUCACGUGAUCCUUUUUACAGUGCUACCUAGUAAUGAACUAAAAUUAUAAGCUCAUUUUAGAAUAGUACUUAUGGUCAUAAUGGCACCUGUGGUACAGCUACGAUUUCACUUGUGCAACAGCACCUGCCAAUACAUAAGCAAAAUCUCCUAAGGGUUUUAAAGAAGGGUACUUGGCAGGCAUUCCUGAAUUUGAUCAUGUUUUGCAGGUGAAAAUGACUAAAACAACAAAAAAAUAAAACCCACCACUUAUCUAUACAUUUCAUAGUAUUCUUGGUCCCUAAAGGUGGCUAACAGUGACUGACUGGGGUGCUUGAAUGGAAAUGAGUUGGUGGAGUUUUAGAGAGGUGAAGCCGAAAUUUUGUAACUUACACACGUUGUGGCUUAUCUGCUGGCCCCUUUGGGAAGAGGUGGAACCCAGGUCUGCAGUUACUCAGCACUUCAUCUCCUCCUUCAGCCUCUGACUUAUGGGCUAGGUAUGUGUGCUUAGUUUCGUGACGAAGGGUCCUGGCUUCGAAGGGUCCUGGCUUCUGCUUUGUCACCCAGGUCAGAAACAAUGAGACCAGACCUGAGAUUCAGCCCAUCCUUGGUUCCAGCUUGUGCAUGUGGUUCCAACUUACCUCUCCAUCUUCCCUUCCCAAAUGCCUGUUGGCUUCAAUCUCCAGUAUCAUGCAAAGACUAUAAACAGCUUUGAGACCACUUAACCAGCUCCCAUAUUUAAGGUCAAAUGACCUGUACCAAACCUUUUUGUUGUUUCUUUGAUUGAAUGCUGACUGGUCAGAAGUGCUUUUAAUCUACAGGCUUGUGUUCCCAAACUUGAUUUUUAAAGCAAGAGAAUUGUAACAUUCCAUUUUUUGUGACUCUAGGCCUUUGAUUUUUUAUGCAUAAAUCAUACUUUAUUUAGCUAACUAGCUUUUAAGAAAAAGACAUCAUAACUAAUUUGUGCCACUGGUUUAGUGAUGGUGCACUGGGGAAAUAACCUAAGUGACAUUUUGAAAAGAACGUGAACAUGUCACUUCCUAAAUUAUUUUUGAGGAACAUCAGUUGAAAAUGAUGUCCUUAUUCUGUGAAUUCUUAGAUUGCUGGUAAUUAGUAUAUUCUUUUUGCCAAGAAUUCCUAAAUGAAUUCAUACAGUGAAAAUGGUAGCAAACAGUAAAAGACUCAAAAAUCUACAACUCUAGAAUUAAUCUCAUUUAGAAACUACUUUUACUAAUAAAGCUUUAGGAAGAGACAUUCUGGGUGUUUCUUAGAAGUACCAAUAGCAUUUCCAUUACAUCCAUUCUUCACCAAAGUAAACGCAACUGUAUGUACUUGAUUAGAUAAGUAUUAUCGCUAUCACAGGAAUGAAAUGCAUCAGCUAAAUUUGAGACAAAAAGGAACAAAUCUCAAGUUGUUUAAAAGAUGUCUGUCAAUCUUGAAGCAGCAUUGAUCCUAAGCCUGUUAAUCUUGAGCCCAAAUGAGGAUGGUGGUACUGUCUGCCAGAGGAAAAGUUGGCUUGUGAAGUCCCUAUAGUAGCCAUACCUGAAUUUAACUGUUAAGCUGCAACUUCUGGUAAAAUUAGUUUGUACUGUUCCAGUAGAAGCCUUGUUUGUAAGUACCCAACAUCAACCUAUCUUCCACACAAAUAUACUGUAAUCACUGCCUAGAAACUUACUGAAACUCAUCUUUACAAAAAUGAAAAGGGGUAACAUGGCCUUUUUAGUCUUAGCUGUGUAACAUUUAUCGUAUUGCUUUGGCUAAAAUCAUUACCUCCAAUUACCCUCCAAUUACUCUUAUUUUGAAAAGCUCCAUAGCAGGUACCAUUUUUAUUGACCCAGGCAACACAGGCCCCCACAUUUUAAUUCCUAACUACCAACUACAUUGCAAGGUAGGUACCAAUCCUGUUUUAUAAUUAGGAAAAUGAACAUAAUGCAGGUCUCCCCGCCUGUAAAUAAAACUGAAUCUCAUGACCAGACUCUUACACAGUCACUACCUUUUAUUCACUCCUGAAGGAAUUAAGCAAAUAGGACAAACACUUUUUCUAACAAAACCACCUUUAUUUUUUAAUCGGUUACUACUAAAUACAGAGCAAAACUCAAGUGUAGAGGCAGUGUUCACUUGACCUCAGCUGAUUAUCUUGUGAAGGCCUGUGCCUGUCCAACUCUAGUCUUGUGCAUAAAAUGUUCACAGAAAAAGAACCUUAAGUAUGGAUUCCCUUCACUAUGGUAUCUUGGAUCAGUGGCACUAUUUUAUAGCCAAAAAUUUCUUAAUCCCUUUUGAAAAGUAUAUUUGUAUUCAUUGAUCAAAAGUGAGGAAAGACUGAGUAAUAUUAGGUUUUACUUGUUUUUGCUUUAUAAAAAUGGCAACAUCAUUAUGGUUCAACCUUUAUUUACUAAAAAAGAUUCCUAAGUUUAAGUAAAUGUCAUUUGCUAUCAACUGUUUUAAAAUGAUUAUUAGGAUCAUUACUAGAACUUUUUAGACAAAAUUCCUUUUGAUAAAAUCUUUAAAAAGUUACUACAAACUGUAAAAACAACACUGCUUUUCUAUAUGGCAUUUCAAUUUUAAAAGUUAAAAAAUUACCAAACUUGGAUAAAAACUAUACUUCCAAGUUUCAUUUUCCCCCAAACCCCAGCUACUCUAGUCCUACUCGUGUCAUAGAUGAAUAUACUAUUCAGUACUGUACAGUCAGUACACACCAUUGACAGUUGCUACACUGUUUUAAUAAAGGCAGAUUAUCUCACUGAAAAUAUAAAUUUACUAGAUACAGGUGGGAUCAUUCAUUUAUCCUGAAGUUCUUUGCUUUACUGAAUCCUUACACCCAAAAUAUGAGGACUGUACACUAAGAGACUGUUUUAGAUAGAUACUAAAUCAACUUUGACAAUUUUGAUGGCAACUAAUCACUACAGUAAUAGCUUUUUAUCAUAUGUAAGUAUGUAGAUUGAAAGGGGAAUUUGUAAAAUGAAAUGAGGUAAAUGUCAUACAUUCAAUAACUUGUAAAUAAAUACAAAUACAGUUUUACAGGAAAAUGAACAUAAAUUUAAGGGUUUUAUUAUCAAAGUCUUGUAAAACAAUUUCAGAAACUGUACAUCAACGUGGCACAGACUGUAGCCUACUCUUGUUUUUACUGCACAAAAGUGAAGCUUGAAACUCCUGUAACUAAGAGAACAGUUGCCAUACUACUAUGCAUUUAACAUGGAAUCACUGUGGGCAUAGGAUUACUACUGCAGUAACACUAACACAAAUUUACUGGUUUUAUACAACUUGAGCUCAAAUAAAAAGUACAUUAUCAAGUACAUUUUAAAAGCAUAUGAAGGUCAAUUUAAAAUGCACUACCCCUUUUUUCCAACACAUAUUAAAACAAAUUAAUAAAAGUGGAAAAUUGAAAAUCAGGACGAGAGAUAAUUUUCCUUUAUAGAUGGACUCUGGACAGCUUUCACUGAUAUAGGUGUAAAAUAAAUUAUUUCAGGAAAAAAAUUCCGAAACACCGUAUGAAAAAGUAUACAACUCUACUUCAAAAUAUGCUAUUUACUCACUGCCAAA